GGCAAGGAGAACGUGACUGCCAUAGUUGUCUUUGGUAAGAGCCGUGCCAAACUUGCUCCUGCUCUUUGAAAGCGGCUCGACUGCCUUUACCUACGGUCUGUCCUCGGGGUUAAUUUCGCGCAGCCCUCGUGGGAGACGCUCUCUGGACGCUUGAGAGUCGGCAGAAAACUUUGGAGGAAAAAAGAAAGAAAGAAAGAAACAAAAGAGGAGAAGAAGACUACCGCCGGCAAGAGAGAUACCAGCGGCAGCGCGACUGAACUUCCACUAGCGAGUCCGAAAGGGGGACCGGGAGGAGGAGUCAACAGGUCGCAGAGUGUAGGAGUUGCUAUCAAUUCAAAGGGACGUUUCUUUGGCGCAGGACGUGGAGGCUGACGUUUUUGGGGGAGACGCUUCGCAACCCGCAAAGAAGAGGCCCGACUAAGGAGAGCAACUCUUCCAUGGCAUCAUGUGAUCUGCACAUUCCCUCGGCGAGCUCUACGGCGGAGGAGUGAAUUGUGAAAGCAUCCCAACCACUAGCAGCCCCCCUAUCACCACUAUCGCUGCUCCUGUUCGCUGCCAUCAAAGUCUCGUCUUCGUGACUCAACUUGCCUCUUUUUCUUUGCCUUCGUCUUGAAGAUAAAGAAUGGCUGUGCUGCUUCCCUGCCCCUCCAACGCCUCCUGCAAAUAAGGCCUUUAUAGCUCGUCGAAUAAUACGUGAGAAAGUAGGCAUAAAAGAGCUUUUUAUAUUUCUGCUGUGUGUGUCUUUUUUAUCUUUUUGUCCGCAGCAAGUCAGCCCUAAAGACACACAUACUGACUAAACAAACAGGGUUUUUUUGUCCUGCUGACAUCUACAGGAGGUGUUUUCUGAACUUUUUUAACCUUAAGCGGAUUAUUUGACAAACCUUUACCUGGCAGUCCUUUGGAAUAUCUAAUGACGAAGCUUCUCUAUGGGGGAUUAAAUCAUCCCAGGAACCCGUACUGACUCCUCUUUGGUUCGGCCGCAUCUUAACCAGGGGUUGAUUUCGUCACUGAGCUCUGUUUGUGGGCGAGCCAUCAUGGCCGGGAAGGGCAACCCGGUACCAGGCGGACACCUCAACGGCUUCCCCAUGCCCCCCUACUCCUACUUUUUCCCCCACAUGCUGGGGGGCAUGUCGCCUCCGGCUCUGUCAGGACUUCCCAUCAGUGGAUACAGCACCCCCUCCCCAGCAACAAUAGAGACCCAGAGCACCAGUUCAGAAGAGAUAGUGCCAAGCCCACCCUCGCCUCCCCCGCCGCCCCGCGUCUACAAACCCUGCUUUGUGUGCCAGGACAAGUCCUCAGGGUACCACUAUGGUGUCAGCGCCUGUGAAGGCUGCAAGGGAUUCUUUCGGAGAAGCAUCCAGAAGAACAUGGUGUACACUUGUCACCGGGAGAAGAACUGCAUCAUCAACAAAGUCACCCGCAAUCGCUGCCAGUACUGUCGGUUACAGAAGUGCCUGGAAGUUGGGAUGUCCAAGGAGUCGGUGAGGAACGACCGGAACAAGAAGAAGAAGGAUGAGAAGAAGCAGGAAUGCACGGAGAGCUACGUGCUGAGUCCCGACACGGAGCAGAUGAUCGACAGGGUUCGCAAGGCGCACCAGGAUACUUUCCCUUCGCUCUGCCAGCUGGGCAAAUACACUACGUCUAACAGCUCAGAAAGGCGCGUGUCUUUGGACAUAGACCUGUGGGACAAGUUCAGCGAACUGUCCACCAAGUGCAUCAUAAAGACGGUGGAGUUCGCCAAGCAGCUGCCGGGCUUCACGACGCUCACCAUCGCCGACCAGAUCACUCUGCUCAAAGCCGCCUGUCUGGAUAUUCUGAUACUGCGCAUCUGUACACGUUACACACCAGAGCAAGACACCAUGACCUUCUCAGACGGCCUCACGCUAAACCGAACCCAGAUGCACAACGCCGGCUUCGGUCCCCUCACUGACCUGGUGUUUGCCUUCGCCAACCAGCUCCUGCCUCUGGAGAUGGACGACGCAGAAACGGGGCUUCUUAGCGCCAUCUGCCUGCUGUGUGGAGAUCGGCAAGAUUUAGAAGAAGCAGACAAAGUGGACAUCCUGCAGGAGCCCCUGCUGGAGGCCCUGAAGAUUUACGUACGGAAGAGGAGGCCCCACAAACCUCACAUGUUCCCCAAGAUGCUGAUGAAGAUUACUGAUCUGAGGAGCAUCAGUGCUAAAGGAGCGGAGCGUGUCAUCACACUGAAGAUGGAGAUCCCUGGAUCCAUGCCGCCUCUCAUCCAGGAGAUGCUGGAGAACUCUGAGGGCCUGGAGAGCGGCGCGGCGGGCAGCAGGCCCAGCGGCGCCCCCCCAGGCAGCUGCAGCCCCAGCCUGUCCCCCAGCUCGGCCCAAAGCAGUCCAGCCACACAGUCACCAUAGAGACGGCCCUCUCGUUUUCACCGUUUUCUUCUCUUCAUGUCGUCUCCAAACAGAAAUGAGGGGGGGAGGGGCAAAGGAAGGUGGGCUUCGAUCCUUACUGCUGAUCACAGGAGACUGGCGGAGACGCCUCCUUCUCUCCACCACACCCCCAUCCUCCCACCACCCGACACAAGUCCACAUCUCCUGAUCUGCUUGCUGUCGCUGUGGAACACUGUCCGGACAGGAGGGGGGAGGUAUGGGGGAUUGAGACUGGGAUGGACCGGACCGGAGCGGACUGGGACGGGACGAGAGAUGAACCCCGUAAACACCGACUCCUCCUCCUUUUCCUCCACCUUCCUCAGAGUCACAGACGUUAACAAGUCCGGAUGCAGCGACCUGUUCUGAAUGAGUGAGAGCAGCACAAUGGGACGAAGACAUGGACAUGGACAUGGACAUGGACGGAGACUGACUUGACAAACACCAGACACUUUGUUGUUGUUUCUCUACAGAUUACAACUUUGAACGUUGAAGACCCCACUCCUCAAAAGACUCUGGGUCUUUCCUCUGUUUUUUUUUUUUUCCUUUUGUGUUUGAUUUUCAAACAAACAAAAAAGAACAACAACCAGAUUUUGUACAAAAGAUAUAUAAAUAUAUAUAGAAGAGUUAAGGAACUAUGGUGCUUGGCGUGUCCGGGAGCGAACGGCAGGCUGACACCAGGAUGAGUUUACCGCACUGAGAUUAGAACUUGUUGUACUCCUUCACUGUUUGAAUCUUUUUCAUACCUAUCAAAGAAUAAUGAGAGACGUUUCCGUUUCACGUUUGUAUAUUAUUCUUAAUAACAAGAAGAUAAACAAAAAAAAAACAAAAAAGACAUUGACAUUUCUCUGGAGUCGUACACAAACACAGAAACGUGCACAAGAAAACGAUGAAUAUCAGCUACUAUUCCAGGUUGGAUGUGUUUUCCCUUUAAUCUAAUCUUUUUUUUUUUUCUGUUCUGUUUUCUUCCCUAGCGAAUGAAAAAAAAAACUGAUUGUAUGAACUUGGUUGUAUGAUAUUGUCACAGGUCCUUUCAAGAAAUCAAAUUAAUGAAGAGUCAUUAUUAAGGUGUAUUUUCAGUGGCUUUGAGUUUGUGUAUAUAAGCUGUAUUCAUUUCUUUAAAACUAUGAAGAGUUUUAGGCCUCACAUGAUUUCUUUUUUUUUUUUUUAAUUCCUCUUUUUGUGUUUUGUUCUAGUUUUUGUGAUUCAAGAAAAUACAUUUUUGAGCACAUUUUACCGAAGGAAGUUGUUUUCAUGCUUUGUGUCCUACUGGAGCGUGUUGGACGAGCCCUUCACUUCACCCGUCACUCUUCACACACUAUUUAAACAUCUGCCCCUUCCAUUCUACAGCUGUGUGUCUUCAUGGUGUACAGAAUGACAACUAGGCAUGGGCCGGUGUGAUGUCACCACCGUCUGCCGCCAUAUCAAAGUGUUUGCACAAAAACGUUUGUGUCGACAGGCCAAGGAAAGUGUUUUUUCUGGGCACAUUAAGAUGAAUACGAUCAUCUCCGUCUGCUUUGUCAGGAAUAAAAGUGCAUUUUUAAUUCCAUUUUUAAGAAUUAAUAACAUUUAUUUAUUGGUUAAUUUCAUUUUGAUUCAGUCUUAACAUUCAAGUAGCCAAAAAUAACUAAGCAGAAUUAAAAAUGAAUUAUAAGCUAAUUAUCAGUGCCUGCUCUAGUAGCUAGCUGGCUUAUAAGUGGGACUCAAAAAUAUUCAUAUCCCUGACAGAUUUAGAUUCCAAAUUAUUUUUAUUCAUGUUAUUCAAGCAGUUUUCAGACAGGAAGUGAAGCAUUUCUCUAAAGAUUGUAAAUAUGUAAAAGCAGCAUCAUUUUUCUGUGUUUAAAUUCUGGUAAAACAAAAAAAAGGCAUAUUGAAAAUUAGCUGUAACCUCAGUAAUCAAUAGAAAAAUCUAUCAAACUUCCUAUUUAAGACCUCCUUGCCAUCACCCUAAUGUUUAAUUCCCUCCACAGAUUCUCUGUCAGAUAUCAGAAUGUGAAUAUUGCUUCCAGUCAGCAGAAACAUAUCGGUAAUUUAAACAAACCAAAAAAAAAAAAAAAAAAAAAGGCAACACAAACUGCUGGGGAUGUGAAUCAUUUUAGGUUUAACUCCAGUUUCAAGACGAUGUUGCACUCCUUUCAUUUCCCCAUCGUGACUGUUGCUGGUUUUUGUGACUGGAAGUAUUUCCAAAUUUCACCUCAUUUCUUUUACCCAGAAAAAAAAGUGUAACGGCUGUUUUUUUGUUUUUUUCAGCCAGAUGAUUGGAGGAAGAUGAAGUCCAACCUUUUCUAUUGUAUCUCGUUAUAAGGUCAUCAAAUAGAAACAGUAUGCAAAAAAACACAUAAAGUCUUACAAAGUGUAUUUGGUCUAGUUUCUUGUGAAAAUGUCUUAGAACACUUGAAAUCAGACAAAACUAACUUUAAAGUAACUUUCAAGCAAGAAGUGGGAUCUUGUUUUAAGUAAAUCAUUAAUAUUGAUGAAAACGUACUGGUUCCACUGGGAGGUUAUUUCACUUAUAACGUGGGAAAAAUGUCCUGUUGGAAAUGAAUUAAUUUACCACUUUUUCAUCAACAUUAAUGAAUUAUUUACUUAAAAUAAGCUCCUAUAUCUUGCUGGAAAGUUAAUUGUAAUUUAGUUUUGUCUUAUUUAAGAUAUUUGCGCCGUAAACUAGAUAAAAAAUAAAAUAAAAAAACUUGGUAAGACUUUGUGUUUUUUUACUUUUUGGGACAUUUUAACCGUCACACACAUAAAUAAAUACUACGUCACUAUUAUUUUCUGUUAAUGCGCUCCUGUCUGGUGUUUCUCCCGGUUAAACUCGUUUUCCUCAGAAGCUUCCAGUGAAACUGUCCGCAGCUGAACUCCAGUAACCGGUUCUGUCUCGACAGGUCCAACAGAACCACACCCCGCCGGUGUUUUGGCCUACAUUGAUCCGGGUAGCCGGCCCAUGCCUAUAGUUAAUAAAUUAAACACUCCUGUCAGAGCACAGCUUUCGGUUUUUUUGUUGUUUUUUUUACAUUGUAGCCGAAAAAAAACGAACAAAAAUGGCGAGUAAGACGGCUCGUGGGGCGAAGGAGGCUCGGCCCAGCCCCAGCAGGUCAGCUUCAGAGAGAGUUGUCAUGUGAGGGAGGGUGUGUUAUGACACUCUGUGUUAAACACACAAGUGUUUAAAUACUUGUAUUAAUGUGAGGGAGGGUGUAUGCGCUCUGUGUUAAACACCUGCCAUGUUCUCGGUACUCUGAAUGAACGGGUUUGCGUUGAACAGGGCGGGACUGGAUUGUAGUUGGCGUCUGUCAGAGAAGGUUCCAGACAGAAGUUCUCCCCAGAACCAAUCAGCUUUCACAACAGAAAUGUGUGUCAGAUCCGGAGCAGCCGGUCGCCCUGUGACCCACUUCACACUAAAACGCCUCCACCGUGAACAACGCGCCGUCCGGACCAUCGUUACUGUACCGCACCAAUGUCUCAGGAAGGAAUCAUUUAUGUGUGCUUGGCCUGUUGCGUGUAUUUGUUCUGUGAUGCGAUCCCUAAAGCCUCCAAUCACAAAUGCACAUGUGUACACACUUCUGCUACUGAGCCCGACCUCGCUGCCCCCGAACACCCGCCCCCUCCACGCACCCCACACACACACGAAUAUUUCCUCCAAUCACCCAUUUUUGUUAAAGCCUGGCCCGCCAGGACUGAUGGAGAGAGAGUCGGACUCUGAACCUCUCGAUGUUGCAACAUAGGAAGCCAGUGUGAUUUGUACCUUUCAUUUGUAUGAAUAUAUAUAUAUAUAUAUAUAUAUAUAUAUAUAUAUAUAUAUAUAUAGCUGCUUUCAUCCUUUCAGGACUGUGUCCAGAACAGCGCACAACGCCCCGCCCCCUUUCACAGAGAACAGACACACCGUCAGCUUGAGAAGUAUGGAAUACGUUGCAGUUUUGUCAAGUUUAUCAAGGAACUUUGGGG